CGACCCGUGCCGCGCCGCCGGAGGAGAGGGAAUCCGCUCCUGCGGAGAGACUCCGCUGCGCUAGAUGCCCAGACGCAUCGCAGCACGCAGCACACGCACACGCGUCGCAUCUCGUCGCUGCUUUCUUCUAUUCGGUUGCUGCUGCUGUGCCAACCACCAACCUACAAACAAACUCUUCGAGAUCAAUCAAAAUAAUAUACACAACAAUACUGUUUAGUGUGAUACGGAUUCGAGUUGUUCGUUGUUCAUCGUUGAUGCUCUUGCAGUGACAGUGCGCGGCGGCCAAUCGUACUCGUGUAAACAAUAGGUGUAAAUCGGGACUCUCUCUCGCAAAGGGUGCGCUCAGUUUAGUUCCUCGCCCUCUCCUCUUGAAGCGCACCGUCGUCCGGUCCUGCAGUGUACGCCUUCCAGUCUUCACGGACACUCGCCACAGUGGCUACCGCACAUUUUCAAGAGGUUCGCUCUCAGGCGGCGACUCUUUCGCCAUGUGUUGACCUCCAGUUGAUCACACAAUUGCGAACCAUGUCUUCGAAACGAAAAUCGCCACCGACGAAAUUGCAAGAAGGCGCCGGCGCAGGGUGUCUGGUGGCCGAGGAGCUCGCGCCCCUCCCGCCCACGAUUGUCGGCGGUGGCAGCGACGGCGGCGGCCUGACUGAUCUCGACGAGACCAGCAGCAACAAUCUGAGCGAUCUCGGCGAAGAGGAUCACUGCAAUCCCGCCACAUUCAAGUCAUAUAAAUUAUCCGAAUCAUCAUCGGCGUCGCUCUCAGGCAGCGACGACGGUAUUGAAGAGGAUCGCAGUCCGCCGCUGAAGAAACAACGCGUCACCUCAGCGGCGGAAGGCUGCGCCAACAGUACCAACAAUACACCGGUGGCGGCAGCCACAGCGACAACUGCAACAAUUAACCUUGCGCUGCUCGCUAAAGACAUAGAUAACAAUGGUGCGCAGCGGCGGAACUCGUCCGAGUGCAGCUCGCCGACGUCCGACCUAAACAAGACGACUAGUAUUCAUUAUAACAAUAACAAUAGUAGUAUACACAAUAACAAUAGUUCCUCGCAUCCGAUCAAGCGUACGAUGGACGACGUCUUGAAGCGGCUCACUUCCAAGAUGAAUAACAGCACGAUAAAGGAGGAGAAGCGGCCGACACCGUCUACGACGCCGAACAACUCUGAUGAGGGGGCGGCCGCUCUGCACCAGGCGCUCUCCGGAGAUAACAUUGCGGAGAAGGAGCGCCGGCUUUCGGAGAUGAUACUCUCGUUGCAGAUGGUACGCGAACAGCUCUUAUCGCAGCAGCAACUACAAUCGCAGCAGCAGAGCGAACACAAGCAACAGACCGCUAGUCAACUCAUCAAUGAAACUGAAAAGGAGCAGGAGAGGCAGCGCCAGCGUGAACAUGAGCACUUCAUGCAGCAGCAGCAGAAACUGCAGGAGUUGCAAGGACAACUCAUGGCGCAAUACCCGGGUGCUGCAGGACCUCAAAGUCUUAUGUAUUUUCCAAUUCUGGAGCAGCUGCGCAACUUACCGCAAUUGCCACCCGGUGUAACAAAGAAUAUGCUACCAUUUCAUCACAGUUGGUUAUCAGCAACGCACCUGGGGCAAAUGUCCGCGUGUAUAGAGAAACGAACACCGCCCCCGCAACCAACUCCAUCUCCGCCACCGCCAUCAGAUCCCGACGCACCGUUAAAUUUGAGCAAGCCAAAAUCUUCGAGUUCGGGAUCAGCGGGGUCGAGCCCACAUAAUUCUUCCAUUGGCCAUCAACAUGAACAACCCGUCGCAGCGACGACACCCAAACUUAUACCUCCUCCCAACCUUUUAAUUUCACGUCCAUUCCCUCCUUAUGCUGGCUUGCCGCCACAAUUUCCUCUACAGCCCAACUCUGAUAGGCUUAAGAAAGAAUUGUUGUCUCCUGAUAAAAACCCCGCCUUUCCUUAUUAUGGAGGUUUCCCCGCACCGCAUCAAAGUAAACGCGAUGAGCUUUCUGGAAAGGAUGAUGCAGAUUUCAUUUCGACUUGCCAAUCAUUAUGGGGGCCUCAUGAUGGAGGUGCAUAUAAAUUACCGGAGGAUAACAAUGAAAAAGCAAAAAUUGUCCGGCAGCCAAGCGCCAAACGCGACACCGAAAACAAACCGCACAUUAAGCGACCCAUGAACGCCUUCAUGGUAUGGGCAAAGGACGAACGACGGAAGAUCCUCAAGGCGUGUCCAGACAUGCACAACUCAAACAUAUCAAAAAUCCUUGGCGCAAGAUGGAAAGCUAUGUCAAACGCCGAGAAGCAACCCUACUAUGAGGAGCAAUCGCGAUUAAGCAAGCUGCACAUGGAGAAACACCCCGAUUAUCGUUACAGGCCGCGACCGAAGCGGACAUGCAUCGUCGACGGUAAAAAGAUGCGCAUCUCCGAGUACAAGACGCUGAUGCGUCAGCGACGUCAAGAGAUGCGACAGCUGUGGUGUCGGGACGGCUCCGAAAUGAACUUUCUUCCGGGUAGUUCGGAUUUAGCCUCACCGGCGACUUCAACCUCCGGUCGGCCGUCACUAUCGCCGCCGCUCAGCGGUCUAAUGAACGGCGCCGGGCCCUCAUCAGACAAUUUCUAUUAUCGCGACAGCGUCUCGCCGGACGUCCUGAACUACUCCAACGAGCACGCACCUUCGCCGUACGAUUCUAGUCCUAGGCACGAGGACGACUGAAACAGGGCCAGUAGGGAGGCGAUGGCCUUCCCUCAGACUCCCUGGUAUUAAACAAAUUUUCGCACAACUCGAAUGUAGUCAAAACACUUAAACGAAUUGCAAACGACGGGAGGGAAGCACAAUGGCAUGAGACUUUGAUGCGAUUUAGUUGAACGGGCAGUCCAAAAUUCUGUGUGCCAUGUUUAAUAAAACGAUGAUAUUUUGCUUUGUUUUAUUAGCAGUGAUUCGUUUCAUAAUGCAACAAUCAUUGUCGUUCGAAUGGAGCGUUCGAAUCGAUUUGAAACUUUUUGAUCUCUUGGACAACUUGCCAGAGGACAUUUUUAUUAAAUUUUAACUUUAUAUACGAGUACUAUAAAUAAUUAUCGGUGUUGUAGAUGUAUUGUUAUGUAGAUAUUAUAUAGAAUUGAGCCGAUAAAAUUGAAUGAAUGAGAUAGUUAGACGGACGCGUGUUUCAAGUUAUUUAUUAAAUCCUUAAUAUUAUUAUUUGUUUUUUAUUAUUAUAAUAUUUUUAUUAUUUUUAUUUUGUAAAUCUGUAAAGAAGCGGUUAUCGACUUGUAAUCUACUUAACUUUGUUUUUAUUUUCUUGCAUUGCAUUGGAUCGGCUUUACAAUUUUGUUUCUUUGAGUGUUUCUCACAUUGUUCUCAAGUUUUGUUGAAACAGGUGAACACGACGUGCAAUGAUUUAAUGAGCAUAAGCUUAAUUUUGAACAAAUUCAGCGAACAAUAUUCAUGCGUCACCAUGAACUAAAAUUUUUACUGUUGAUGUUUAUAAAAUAUAUUAAGCUAUAAGAGCCAGUACACAUUAAGUAAUACUUUAAUUUAUUCGCUAAACGUUUAGUUUAAAUUGUCCUCAUUUUCUUUGAUUUGUUUUCUUUAUAAUUAAAGAAAAAAUUAGACAACAGAAGCCAUACCUUAAUGUUCUUUACUACUUUUCCCAAAAAUUAAUUCUAAUCGCGCACUCUUGUGCGCUCUUGUACAGUAAAAAUGUUGUUGGUUAUAAAGAAAAAAAACAUGAUACAAUGUACUUAGACAUUUAUAAACUAUAAACGAUAUUGUAGACAAACCCCAGUAACUUAUAAAUACAUACACAUACAACUUACACGAGCGUCAUUGGCGACGUAGACACAAAAAAACAUUUGUGGUGAAAAGAUAUUAUCGAAAAUUGCUUCAUUCACUAUUUAGUAACUAGCGAAAGCGGAUGUUGUACAUAAUUAUUAAAAAAACACACUUGUAAAACAAUAAUGAUCAACUAAUUAAUCUAUUUCGCAAACGUACUUAGAAUGCAAAAUUUGGACAACACCAUGAAAUACAUACGUUUGGUCAUUAUGUGAUGUUAUUUUAAGCGAUGGUUAGCAAUGAAUGAAAAAGUUUUGCAUUGCAUUGCGUUGCAUACAAGUAACAUAUGUAAUAUUUAAUGAAAUAAUAAGUAUACAAAAACACGUACAGCAUUUAAAUUAUUCCACUUGCAAGCAAAUUCAAUUGACGACUUCGACAUAUACAACAUUUUGAAUGCAUACAUGUUAAGACAUAUGAAAUAUGAUUAAGAGCGUACAUAUUUAAUGGAUUAACGAUUAUUUAAAUGAGACAUUAAAUACUAUAGGGCUAGUGAAUGUUUAUAUACAUAAGGAUAUGAUAUUGAUACUAAUAAUACCAUUCUCAAUGUAAAUUAUUCUGAUACAUACCUACGAUGAAUAAGUACUGUAUAUCAAGUCAUAUAUCAACAAACAAACACUGUUUACUAGGUCUAGGCUCACUGUUUACUGUGCCAAAUUAUAAAAAGAAUAAAGAUGAAAAAUGUACAAACUUA